AUGACGAUAGAGCUACCAGUUGUCGCUGUGUAAAUAGUUAGGUGUGUAGUGUUUGCAUUAGUUUGUACUGCAUGGAUGAAACAAGUCAAACUGGAGAUAUCGAAAAAGGAAAAAAGAUUUUCAUACGAAAGUGUAAGCAGUGCCAUACCUACGAAGAUAAUGGAAAACACAAAACUGGUCCAAACCUGUUUGGUCUGAUUGGAAGACGCACUGGUCAGUCUCCAGGCUACACAUACACUGUGUCAAACACAGAAAAAGGAAUAAUUUGGAAUGAAGAAACUCUGGAUAUUUACUUGACCAACCCAAGGAAAUAUAUUCCAGGCACAAAAAUGAUAUUUGCCGGAAUUUCAAAGCGUUCUGAACGCAUCCAUCUGAUUGCAUUUUUAAAAAAAGUAACAACCACAGAAACUGAAACAAAAACCUGCAACUGACUUCUUAUUACUUUUUUGUUUUUCCUUUUUCUUUUAUUUAUUUUUUAACUGCUGCUGUUUCUAAAAGAGUAUGCUCCGUUCUUCACUAAAUACUUCACAAAAAUAUCUGCUAAACAACAAACAUUCUUUCAAAGCAACUUUCAUGUUUUAUUAUUUCUUUGAAAAUUUGACUUAUUUUGAAAUAAGUUUAGCGAACUUGCGGUCAACUUAAGUUUUUGCAAUUCUUUUUGGUCACAUUCAGUGGCCUAUAAUAAAUAAAUUUCGUUAAAAGUA